UGAGUGCCGGCAUGGACGUCGAUUUAGCAGCCGGAAUUAAACAACUGCGAAGUUAGACAAAAUAACGCUCUUAGAAAAACAAACAAUCUUUCAGGCAGCUGUUGCCAAAUCUUUUUAGUAGGCACAUUGGAGCAAAAUGAAGCUCAGCGUCGAUGGGCUGCUCGUCUAUUUUCCCUAUGAAUACAUUUAUCCGGAGCAAUAUGCAUACAUGCUGGAGCUUAAGAGAAGUCUGGACGCCAAGGGGCAUUGUCUGCUAGAAAUGCCUUCGGGAACGGGAAAAACAGCCACAUUGCUCUCAUUGAUUGUAGCCUACAUGAUCGAGCAUCCGGAGACCGUGCGCAAGCUAAUUUACUGUUCACGAACGGUCCCAGAGAUUGAGAAGGUUAUUGCCGAGUUGCAGAACUUAAUGGUCUACUAUGAUCGGCAUUGUCCCGUACCCCCGGGCUUAACCGGUCUGGUUCUGAGUUCACGUAAAAACAUGUGCAUUCACCCUGAGGUGAGUAAGGAGCGCGAGGGCAAGGCGGUGGAUGGCAAAUGUUAUGGUCUUACUGCCAGCUACAUACGCGAACAUCACGAGCUGGAUGCAGAAGUUCCAAUUUGUCAGUAUUUUGAAGGCUUCACCUUGGAGGGCAAGGAGUCGACGCUGCCUGUGGGCAUAUACAGUCUCGAUGAUCUAAAAGAAUAUGGACGUUCAAGGAAUUGGUGUCCCUAUUUUCUGGCACGCUAUGCUAUUGCACACGCGCACAUUGUGGUCUACAGCUACCAUUAUCUUCUGGAUCCGAAAAUAGCGCAGGUCGUGUCGAAGGAGAUGACGCGCGAGGCCUGCGUCGUAUUUGAUGAGGCUCACAAUAUUGACAAUGUGUGCAUUGACUCGAUGAGCGUGAAGAUCAAUCGACGUAUUGUGGAGCGCAGCACGAACGCCUUGAAUCAGCUCACAAAAUUGGUGCAGGACAUGCGGGAAGAGGACACAAACCGAUUGAAUGAGGAGUAUCAGCGUAUGGUGCAGGGCCUCAAGGAUGCCAGCGUACAGCGGGACACGGAUAUGAUAUUGGCAAACCCUGUGCUGCCCAGCGAUGUGCUCAAGGAGGUGGUGCCGGGCAAUAUACGCAAUGCGGAUCACUUUCUUAGCUUCUUGCGUCGUUUUGUGGAAUACAUAAAAACGCGGCUGCGUGUGCAUCACGUGGUCCAAGAAUCACCUGCCGGAUUUCUUAAAGAUGUUUCAUCUAAGAUAUGCAUAGAGCGCAAACCCCUGCGCUUUUGUGCCGAGCGUUUGUCCAGCUUGUUGCGCACUCUUGAGAUCAGCGACUUAACUGAAUAUGGCGCACUUACGCUGAUAACGCAUUUCGCCACCCUGGUUUCAACGUACACGAAAGGCUUUACAAUCAUUAUAGAGCCUUUCGAUGACAAGACGCCGACUGUUUCUAAUCCUAUAAUGCAUUUUAGUUGUUUGGACUCAUCCAUUGCCAUGGCGCCAGUAUUCUCACGCUUUCAAACAGUUGUAAUCACCUCGGGCACGCUGUCUCCGAUGGAUAUGUAUCCCAAGAUUCUUGAUUUUGAUCCAGUUGUUAUGAGCAGCUUUACAAUGACAUUGGCUCGUCCCUGUCUGCUGCCGAUGAUUGUAUCGAAGGGCAACGAUCAGGUGGCCAUUUCGUCAAAGUUUGAAACGCGCGAGGACACUGCUGUCAUAAGGAACUAUGGCCAGCUUUUGGUGGAAGUGGCUAAAACAGUGCCCGACGGCAUUGUCUGCUUCUUUACGUCAUACUUGUACUUGGAGUCAGUUGUGGCAUCCUGGUACGACCAGGGCAUUGUCGACACUCUGCUGCGCUACAAGCUGCUGUUCAUUGAGACCCAGGACAAUGCCGAAACAAGCUAUGCGCUCAUGAACUAUGUUAAGGCUUGCGAUUGCGGUCGAGGCGCUGUUCUGCUAGCUGUGGCGCGUGGCAAGGUCUCCGAGGGUGUGGAUUUCGAUCAUCACUAUGGUCGCGCGGUGCUCAUGUUCGGCAUACCCUACGUUUACACGCAGUCGCGCAUUCUCAAGGCGCGUCUGGACUACCUGCGCGAUCAGUUUCAGAUCAGAGAGAACGACUUUCUGACCUUUGAUGCCAUGCGGCAUGCAGCACAGUGCGUGGGCCGAGCGUUGCGUGGCAAGACGGACUAUGGUAUCAUGAUAUUUGCAGACAAACGUUUCUCGCGACAGGACAAGCGGUCACGUCUGCCCAAGUGGAUACAGGAACAUCUGGUGGACAGCUUCUGCAAUUUAAGUACUGAGGAGGCUGUGCAAUUGGCUCGCCGCUGGCUGAGACGCAUGGCGCAGCCGUUCUCGCGGGAAGAUCAGCUGGGCAUAUCGUUGCUGACUUUGGCGCAGCUGGAGAGCAUGGAGCAGGAGAAACUGGAGCGACAGGCGCAGGGAAAGCAAGGAGUGGGUGGCGAGGUGCAGGAGCUGUAAUCGAAAUAAACGUCGCGUGGUAUUGCAAACCGGCUCAUCAAUUGACUGGCGCCGGCUUCCUUCCGCAAUGUAUUUGAUUUUCGACUGGGCAUGCUUGUGUCUGUACGAGAAUAAUUAUAAUAAAUGUUGAAUUUGUUGCCAGCUAAUGGCAUUGAAUGCCAUUAAA